AUGGCUCCAGUCGCUCUUGCCAACACCCCUUCUCCCACUAUCGAGGCCAUCAAGGCCGCUGCUGUCGCAGCUGCCACUUCGCCUGUGGACCUCCGCACUUACGCGUCCUUUGACUCGACUCCCGCCAUUGGCACCGAGUUUGCCGCCACUGCCACCGACAACAAGCCCGCCCUUACCAUCCAGGACGUGAUCGCCGACCCUGCAAAGACCGUCGCCCUCGGCCGUCUCAUUUCGGAGCGCGGCGUCGUCUUCUUCCGCGACGGUAACAUCACCCCCGAGCAGCAGAAGGACCUUGUCCUUGCCCUUGCCCGUGCCGGCGGAGCCCCCGAAGAGAGUGGUCUGCACAUUCACCCUCUCACCUUUGAGAACUCGGAACUCGGCGACCAGAUCACCUGGAUCAGCAACGAGUACCGCGACCUGUACAUUGAGGGCUACAACCGUGACCUCCCGUCCAUUGUCCAGCGCAAGCCUGGCAAGUCCCUUUGGCACUCGGACAUUACCUUUGAGAAGGUUCCCUCGGCCUACGCUUCCCUGCAGAUCCGCGACCUCCCCAGCACUGGUGGCGACACCCUCUGGGCCUCGGCGUACGAGGCAUACGACCGCCUCUCGCCCUCGUUCCAGCAGGCCCUCGAGGGUCUCACUGCCGUUCACGACAGCAACGAGGCGUUCAAGGGCUACGCCAGCCGCCGCAACAAGCCGCUGCGCUCCGGCGAGCGCGGCCACCCUGACAACGUUGGCGACGACCUCAGCGCCAUCCACCCCGUCAUCCGCACCAACCCCGUGACCGGCUGGAAGGGAGUCUUCGUCAACCCUGGCUUCACCAAGCGCAUCGUCGAGCUCACCCAGCCCGAGUCGGACGCCCUCCUCAACUUCCUGUUUGACCACAUUUCGGCCAACCACGACCUCCAGGUCCGCUUCCGCUGGACUGAGAACGCCCUUGCCAUCUGGGACAACCGCUCGACCUUCCACGCGGCCACCCCGGACGUCGACGACGUGCGCCGCGCCGGCCCUCGCUCGGUCUCCCUCGGCGAGCGUCCUUACUAUGACCCCAAGUCGGUGUCUCGCCGCGCUGCUCUCGCCGAGCGCGCGGCCGCUGCCGCCAAGGCUUAA